AUGUAUUUUGAUGGGUUGAGGUGUCAGACUGGCUCAAGAGCAGGUGUGGUUUUUGUUUCACUUGAAGGAAAGCCCAUUCCUCUCUCAUUCCAUUUGGAAUUCCAUUGUACCAACAACAUUAUUGAGUACAAAGCCUUGAUUGCAAGUCUUUGUGCCACAAUUGCCAUGGGUGUGAAGAACCUCCGCAUCCAUGGAGAUUUAGAACUCAUCAUAAAUCAGGUUACAGGUGCUUAUCGUGUUAAGCAGUUGAAGUUGUCUCGGUAUAAGGAUUUAGUGUUAACUAUACUAAAAAAAUUCAUUACUUACAUGAUCGACAAUAUUACACAGAGAGAAAAUUGUCACGCAGAUGCAAUGGCAAGUGUUGCUUCCCUUGUGGGCCCAGUCUCUGGUCAUGAUGAAUACUGCUUCAUGGUACAAGUCCUCCGCUCUCUGGUUGUAUCUGAUCAAACCCAAUUCGAUGAUCUCAUGUGUUCCCAUGUUGAUUCAAGAGAAUGGUUUGUACACAUCUUUAAUUAUCUCAAGAUCAAAAGCUUUCCCGAUGAUGCUGGUAAAAGCUCGUGUGUGUGA